UUUUGUUUGUAGUGGGAGUAAAAGAAGAAGCGUCAAACAACUUGUUACACCAGUUACAAAAAGAAAAACUCCUCUCAAGUCCAAGUUGACCAAACAUAUCAAGUCAUGAAACUAAAAUAAGUGCAAUACAAAAAUGCAUCAACAUGCAAAAAGUGCAUUCCAUGCUCAAUUUGUUCAUAUUCCUGACGACGAUCGCGUUUUUCAUCUACCUGUUCACCUUCAUUGAUAACACAAGCAUAUCAAGAUCACAGAUUGCCAGACCAGAGUUCAAAUACUUCAUCAGUUCAAAUGAUCAGAAAGGCAGUGAUUAUAAUCUAUGGCUUAUCUUCACCAAAGUGGUGGAGCAAACUCCACUCUAUCACAAUUUUCAGAGGUUAAUCGAGAACUUGCUGGCUGUGACCUCUGUGCCAAUUGAUCUUCACGUUAUCACUGAUGAUGCCUCCAAACAGAUUGCCAUUGAGAUAUUCCAGCAGAUGAAGAGCAAUGUGAAUGCUUCCAAGAUAACUUAUCAGUUUUAUAAUGUUAGUGACUUUGCUAGCAGUAUCAAGGAUAUUGUGGAGGCAAUGACUCCACACUUUAGUUCUAGGCCUGGAACAUACUACAGUGAUGCCUUGUUUUACAUUUCAUUGGGCAUUUAUCGACUUGCUCCAAUGAAUCAAAAAUUAGCUGUGAUGAUUGAUUGUGAUGUACAUUUUAAGCAAGAUGUGGCCUUACUUUUUGACCAAUUCAAGUAUUUUAGAGAAGGUGAAUUAUUUGCACUAGCGCCCGAAUUAUCUAUAGUAUACCGACACAUUCUCUACUCUUAUAAACAAAAACACAAUACAACAUUCGGAGAGUACUUACAUGCCAAGCCAAUCAACCAAACGUUUGAAGCGCCCCAGCAUCCAAAAGGUUUCCCCGGAUAUAAUUCUGGUGUCGUCCUCUUCAAUUUAACCGCCAUACGAAAUUCCUCCACAUAUCGACAGGUGAUAAAGAAGGAAUCUGUAGAUGCGAUGGUGGGCAAGUAUCGCUUCCGCGGCCAUCUUGGUGACCAAGAUUUUUACACUUUGUUAGGUUAUGAACAUCCUGAAAUGAUCAGAAUGUUGAGUUGUGCUUUCAAUCGUCAAUUAUGCACAUGGUGGCGCGACAAGGGCGAGAAAGGUGUAUUUGAUAAGUAUUUUCAAUGCGACGAUGAUAUCGUUGUUUUACAUGGCAAUUGCAAUACAAGAAUGGAUUAAUUAUUACAGAAGGCAUUAUAGAAGGUACAAGUGGAGGGACAACCCAAUCGGAGACAAAAAGAGGGGGAGAGAAGACCCUAGACAACUGUGACUGGACUGCUGGAGGAUUUAGGUACGACUGAGCACUUAGCUCCGUGCAGGCUGCUCUUUAAUACCUGCGCUGAUCCGCAAAAAGUGGUGGGGGAAGGCCAGUGUGACGUGGCUGAGCGCACCUCGCAACUCGAGUGGGGGCACCUACCCCCACUCCUUUUCUCGGGUCAAGCGCAGGUAUAAAAGGGUAUCCCGCGGGCUCAGUGUGCCUAAGUCUUCCAGCAGUCUAGUCGCAGCUCUUUAGGUCUUUGGUUUGGGUUGCACACAGGAGACUUCCAGUCUCUCAAUUUGCCCUAUUUGAUGAGUGCCUUUGGGUACCAAAUCGCAAUUAUAUUCCAUUUUAGAUAUUUUUAUAUCACAGACAUUCAUAAAUAUUUUAAAAAUGUUUAUUCGUUAAAAACAGGUGUUAAAUGUUAAAAAUAUAUAAUGUUUAUAUAUGCAACAAGUAAAUAAAACAAUAAAUAGCUCUUUGUAUAAAAA